GUCGUCGUCGUGUCGUCCGCGUCGUCGUCGUUGUCGUUAUCGUCGCCGCUCUGCCUUCGCUGCCGCCGGCUAGUGACUCCUACCGGUUAGUCGCCGCGGUACAGCUGUUCCGCGCGUGAGUCCGUCGAACAACGCGCAAAGCGCCGUCGUCUUGUUUAUUAUUUGUUUACAAAAUAAUACGAGUAUCGCGCCGCCGUCGCCAACGCUGUUCAUCGUCAGUGCGUUUUACUUUUUUUUUUUUUUUUUCUUUCGUCUUCAACAUUAUUUUCCCGAUAAUUUUACCACCCGUAACUUCGGUGGGGGGACGUUUAGACGACUCCGCGGCUCUUCGGGGCGUACACGGUGGAAAUUUAAAAAAAUAUGAGAGCUUUACGCAAUAGACGGGGCGAAAAAAAAAUUGUUAACAACGACGAUUGUGUCGUGGCCAGUGCUUUACACGACUCCGCGGUGCCAUUUUACGACAACGAGGUGAUUGAUUUGGUUUCGUCUGACACCGAAACAGAAGCUGAACAAGUACAGGUGGAAAAAAUCGUCCACAAAAAGCGAUCCAACAAUCCACGUUCCAACGUGCAAAAUCAACGUGAGUUUGAAGGAAUAAGUUAUAACGCUAAUCGAUCCGAGAGACGUUCUAGAUCUCGCGUUCGGAAUAAUCGCAAGUACCACAAGAGAGAGGUAACGCCGGUCGGACCUAUAUUUUUGUGGGCUUAUAAAAGAGAGACGGAAAUAUUAAAAGUGGUUUGCGAAAACAUUGAUAACCGACUUCGGUUGGUGAAAACGUCCUCAGGGGAGUGGAAAUCCGCUCCCUUGACAAAAGUGCGGUUUAGAGGGCCUUGGAACCCUUCAUCUCAUAAAAACCGAGACGAAACGGAUAAAAAAACCGGAUCUGACGACAAUAAACGUAAGGACGACUCUGGAGAUGAGUCUGACGAUGAAUCUGGUGGCGAUUCUGACCGUGAAUUGGACGGUGAAGCUGUCUACGAACCGAAGGAAGUAGGUCCCGACGAAACUGCUGUUGAAACCGUCCAAGAAACACCAAAAGAGAGAGAAGUAAUUUUUGUGGACCUGACCGAAGAUUCAAUUGAUUUUGUGGACACUCUAAGUAGUGACGAAGACAAGGAAGAACAAAGGGCUACAAUCGAUCGAGCGCUCGAGAUGAUCGACCAGGAUCCGGCAUUGAACAAAGACUCGAAGGUCUCGUUACCUGAAGUUGAGACGGCCACUCUUAAGUUACCCGAAGGUACGACUAUUCAUCAGGUAAAGGCUGUGGAAAUGGUAAAUAGACCCGUUGCUAUAACACCGUCAUUAUUAUCUCCUACCAAAACACCAUCGCAAUGCACUUUCGGUGAGUUGACUAUAAUACCACAGCAGCAAGAGCAAGAACAACAAAAACAACAACAAGAGCAGCAGGCACAACAAGAGCAGCAGGCACAACAACAGCAACAAGCACAACAAGAGCAGCAGGCACAACAACAGCAACAAGCACAACAAGAGCAGCAGGCACAACAACAGCAGCAGCAGCAGCAACAAAAACAACUACAACAACAACAACUACAACAACAACAACUACAACAACAACAACUACAACAACAGCAACUACAAAAACAACAACUACAACAACAACAACUACAACAACAACAACUACAACAACAGCAACUAAAACAACAAGAACUACAACAACAAAAACUACAACAACAACACCUACAACAACAACAACAACUACAACAACAACAACAAAAUGAGCCAUUGAAUCUGGAAACCGUAGGUAAGCGAUCUUCUUACAAAUUAAAAUUACAGGAACCACCGUAUAAAAGAAAACGCAGCGAACCGGUAAAACACGAAUAUGACGCUCUGGCCCAACUUAAGGACGUGCUGUCUGACCCCAAGUUGACCGUUCCCGAUCCCUUGAUUGUUCCCAGGGAUAGACUCGCUGCCUUAGUAGCCAGCCCUGCUUCAGAAAUUCCGAAACUCCUACUAUCCCAACCGCCUUUGUUGCCACCAUUAUCGAAUACCGAACUGUUGACAAUUUCGUUGUCGCAUCUCAAGUAUUUGUUGCAACAGCAACCAGGUUUUAUCGAAGAAAAAAAGGCCAUCGAAGGUACACAAUCAGCUGGAAAUUUCGACCAAAUGCUAUGGUCGUACUUAUCAUCUAAAGACUUGAAUUCGACCGUUGACAAUGCGGAUCUUAUUCCUAGCUUAUUGAGCCUAUUAGUGCCUAACCCGCCCGCCGUUCAACAAACGUUCAAUUACCCGCCUCAAAAAAAUCAAUGGAACGAUAUCUAUUACGGUGGAAAUGCCGCACCGCCAUACGAUUCCACUACUACUGCUACAGCUGCUGCUGCUACAGCUGCUGCUGCUACAGCUGCUGCUGCUGCUGCUGCUGCUGCUGCUGCUGCUGCUGCCUCCGGAGGCUACAACAAAUCCGACGCUAGUUACACAUCAGUAUCACCACUGCCACCACAGCAGCAACAACCACAGUUACAACUACCCUCUCCAGUGCCACAAAAAUAUCCACAAAUGCCGCCAAUACAACCAAUACAGCCUCAACAAAAAUCACCGAUGCUACCACCGGCUCAACAACCGCUGCAAAAGUCGCGAUUACCAUCGCCUUCUGUUCAACAUAAUGUCAAACAUCGAGUCUGUCAAGAUCCAUUUUGCACUAGAUCGCCGACUACAUGCUACGAAAGCUGCUGUGUUAAGAGCACUGCUUACAAUCCGUUCACUACUGUGGCCAAUACGGGUUGCAAUCCAUAUACCGUAUCUCCCACUGGCAGUUACGGAACCAAUGCGAAGAAUAAUUAUUCCCCGGCUUACGCCGUAUACGCAUCCGAUGGCACCGCCGCUUGUUGUUAUUCUCCUCAGAUGGACUACGGAUACAGCGGCCAAUCUACUGUGCAAUCGAUGCCGCGAAAGUCGCCGUACAGUCGCGGCCAAUACAAUUACCAGAAUCACGGUUUUGAUCAGCAUCAACAGAGACACAUCACGGAAUACGGAAAUAACGGCGUUGCAGCCAGCAACAACAUUGGCGUCGAUCGUCCCUACUCCAAUAAGCCACAGACAUCGCCGUCACCAGUGGCCACUGUUAGUCGGGAGACCGUUGCUAGUAGACCGUUGCUGAAGGCCAAACUCAAAGUCAAAAAUCUAGUCGACCCCAACUACAAACACAAUCUUAUCAACUACGAAGGAGCGCUUCAUCUUGCCAAAACUAAUCCACAGGAACUGAUGUCUUCGCCAUUGUGGCAUCCAUUAUUCAGCGGGUAACUAUCACACUACAUUAAUAUUUUUAUACAUACAUAAUAGUUUAUACUCGUAUAUUUAUAGAAUUAUUAUUAAUUAUCCAUAUACAAUAUUAUUAUGAUGGACGCGUUUAGGGUAUAACAAAGUGAAUGGUAAUUUCUAAAGUCAUGAUGAAAAUCAAUUUUAACCGCAAAAAAAUUGAUAUAGUGUAUCUACUAUACGGGUGUAUUUAUCAAAACAGUUUUACUAGUAACAACUUUUAAAGUAAACUCGUGGGUGCCCAGUUUUCUAAUUUUCUCGAAAUGUCACAUAUAAAAAAAAAAAAAAAAAAAAAAUGAUGAAUAAAAUUGUUAUUUAUUUAUUCGUAGAGUGCUUACAAGUAGUGCCGAAACUAGGAAACUUGACAUCGGAAAUUAAAAAUACUAAGAGCCCCUAUGUGGUUGUGGCUAUCCCCUACACUUCACUUAAAGUUCUUAUGUUUAUAGAAUGUAAACCGCAAAAAUGACGCGGCAUUUUUUAUAUUUACAUAUCUAUUUCUAUGAACACGAUUGUAUAGUCAAUAAACCGUUGGAUAGGUUCAUAGAUAUUAAACUGUAUUAAGUUAUUGUUAAAAUAUUCGUGGGUAAUUAUUAAAUAUUUGAAUAAACAUUUUUAAUUUUUAAUUUAAUUAGUUAAAAUUUAACAUUUAUCAAACAGACUAAAAGUUUGUUUUGUGUUGUUAGGAAAAAAAAAAUAUCUGAUUUCAACUGUAACAUUCAAAGUUUAAAUAUUGUUAUAACCAAACAGUGUUUGUUCUACAUUUAUCAUCAUUUCAGUAAUAUACGAGUUUAUAUACGCAUUACCGUAAUCGACGACGAUGUAUGUUAAAAUAACGACUGAUCGUGACAUUUUUGUUUGUUGCGAUCGUAGACGAAUAAGUAUAAUAUAUAAUGUUUGUCAUUUGAGUAUUGAAAUUAGUUGUGUAUUUUAUUAAAAUGGGCGUGAUAAUUAUAAUUGAAGGGUUUGUCUAUUCGUAUAAAUUAUUUACUAUUCCUCCCUUAAUUAAGUGAUUUGAGAAUUAAGAUAAUGAAUAAUAGAAUCGAAAAAGUUUGUAUAUCUAUCAAUACAUGUACAUUACAAAUAAUACGCAAUUAAGUCACAGAAAAUUCUACGUUCGGUAAUAAAUCCCCACCGCAAAUUCCUAGUUCGGGCACUGCUUACAAGCACCGGAGCACCCCGGCAAUCAGCGCCCACGCGUCAACUGCCGAUAUUUUUACCCAUAACCAGUAUUUUUGAAUGCUUCAAUAGUUGUACAUAAUAUAGUGGCUAUAGCUAGUAUAGAGUAGCAAUUUUUUUUUUUUUAACAAUAUAUUUAGUAUUUACAUCAACGAAAAAUUUGUAUUUAAGUUCGUUGAAGUCUUUAACUUAAAUCUGAAAACAUAGAGAUUUACAUUAACUAUCAUCAAUAAUAAUCUUAGAAUCUUCAUAAAUAGUAAAAAGCAUUAGAAAAUUAAAAUGUAUAUAAUUUUUUAGUUAAAUCAUAGGUAUAUAAUUAUUAUGGAUUGAUAAUUAAUUUGUUAACUUAUUGACUUUUUAUAACAAAAUAAAAAAAAAAUGCGAUAGAGUAGAUGAUUAAACGAAUGAGUGUUUAAUAAAAAUAGAUACAUAUCAAUUACCAAUCAAUUAAAUACUUAUAAGGUUCGCGUCAAUUAGUUUAAAUUACCUAAUAAAAACUAAUUAAAUCGUGUUAAAUGAUUUUUAAACUCAUUUUUUUUUUCGUACUAUAGAUAAAUUACCCUUACAGCAUUUUUCGAUUGUAUACAUUUAUAAAUUUAAAUACCUAUUAAAUUUUUACAGUUUAUACAACAUUAAAUAUAUACAAAAAUUUAAAUUUUUUCUAACCAAAAUAAUACAUAAUUAUCUAUAAAUAUAUGAAUAUUAUUAUUCUACUUUCAUUAAAUAAUAGAGAUUUAUAAUAUUGUUUAAAAUGUAUAAAUGUAUUAAAUAUGUACAGAGGUACGUGAUUAAAUAAUUAUUCAACAUUAAAUAAAGAAUAUUUACAUGAUAAUUAUUUCUAUUAUAAAAUUUUAACUGCCAGUUGUUUUAAAAUUUAUAUUUUCGACUGUUAUUAUGCAUUUGAUAUUUAAUAAGAUCUAUUGUUUAGAACGGAGGGGAGGUAGAUAUUGGGGUUAUCCGGUGUAUAUUGUUUAAAUUGGUGUCAUUUCAUAACUUUUGAAUCUGUUAUGAUCAUAUAUUUACCCUCGAGGACGAAGGUAGGGAGUAUAGGUGUUGGGAUUAUACACGGGGUAACGGGGUACUUUAUAGGAUGGUGUUAUUUUAUAACGUAUGAAUUCGUCAUGAGUACAAAUUUUUUUUCUGAGGAGAUACAAGAGGAGAGUGGUAGUCUAGUUUGAGAUGGAGCACAAAGUGAAUAUAUUUUGAGCGGUGUCAUUUCGUCACGCUCAAAACCGAAACGUCCAUACGCUCACCCUAAAAAAGACGUUUUAAUUCAAAAAUAAUAUGAAGAAAGUGUUUAUAUAAGUAUUAAUAAAAUUCAAUCAAUAGGUACAAACUUAUUAUUGUUAUUUCAAAAAUUCCUGGGGGUUCAGAACCCUAGAUCUCUAGAUACGGUCGUGGUGCCUUCCAACGAUUUCCCUCUGGUCUAAGCCAAUUGCCUGAGCUAUUGGUUCUGAUAACCAUGUAAAUGAAAUUAGUUGUGGGUUUUAUUAUAUCAUACUAUUUUAUUAUAUCGUUAAAUUUAAAUAUUCUGCUAAUCACUGUAGUUGGCAGUUAGGUAGGCGUAGCCGAUAGGAUUUAGCCAUUAUGUUAAUAUAAUUCAUAUGAAGCAAGUUCCUAUCUCAUCGUCUACGUAUACCAUUUAACCCAUUUUAACCACGUAAUCCAUUUCUUUUUAAUAUUGAUGAAACAUUGUCUUUUAGAUAUUUUUUUAAAAAGCGUUUGAAACGUGGUUAAUAAUCAUUUAUUAGACAAUUCAUAAUUUGCAAUUGGUUAUAACUCGUAAAACAAAUAUUUAAUAAUUGUUUUAGUACAUUUUUUUAAAUAUUAUGUAAAUAUUGAAUAAAGAUUUCCGUGUUGUGUAGGUAAUGAGUUUAAAUUAUGAGUUUACAUUUUUAGGACACGAGAAAAAGUUUUAAACAUUUUGUUAAUGAUAAUCAUACAUAUAUUAAUAAACGAAACUAUAGGUAAGUUAUAAUGUUUUAUUAAGGUACUAUUUGUAUUAUUAUAUAUUUUAAUUGUUGGAAAACCUGCAAAUAUAUGUGUUUUUUUGUGGGAGGGGGGACGAAAGGUUUAAAAAUAUACAAUUAUAAACAGAUUUUUUCUAAAUAAAGAGUUCUGGAGGGUUUAUAAAUGAAAUAUCUACAUCGGUAUAGUAUUACUUUACGAAAUUAAAAUAUAUGGAAAUGUUAUAGACUAUAAUAUGCCGAAUACUCGGCACGUUACUGAAUAAAAUAUAAUAGAUAGGUAUAUUGAUAUUUAAAAAUUCAACAGCCCGUACAAAAUCAUGUUAGAAAUGCUACUAAUAUAGUAAUAACUAUAACUAACUAUAACUACUAAUAUAGUUAUAACUAUAUCACUUAAAAGUCGAUUUCCUAUCGAUGUUGUUUUUAAGGAACAAUAAUAACGACGGUUAUGGGUAUACAAGUACAUUGGAAAUAUUACAAAGUAAUUUUUGUUAUCAACAGAAAUAUUGUUGUUUUUACUCUCGAGCCCAACGUUGAAAUUUCUAUACUACGCUGCGUGUUUUCCUCGGUACCCGUUAAUAAAAAUGACAUAAAUUAUUUUUAAUGCACUUUUAUUAUUCUAAAAAUGAUCGAAUACUACUACUAUAGGUAUUUGGAACCGUGUUUUCUUAUACGGGCACACCUACCAGGUGUCCAUUUAAGUGUCUACGUUCGAUAUUUCGAAAAGUGUUUACUUACGAGUACUUAUUUUCGUAUUUCGAAAUUAUUUUUCGUCACCCUUAUAUUUUCGGUGAUAAAAACACCAUUCUCUUUCGAUUUUAUAAAUAGAAACGUAUUCGCAGUUUCAUAAACAGAUUACGUUUUAGUUAAAUAUAUAUUUCGGUGUUGAAAAUUUCAAUUUCUGAGAUAUUCCCACUUUUUAGUUUGAUUAGAGUACGUGUCAUUAGUGUGGCGGCGCGGCGCGCGGCAUUUAAAUAAUGCUCCGCUGUUAAAAUACAUGGAAGUAGAAGAAGAAAUGGUUAUUUACAGGAGGGCGAGAAAAUAAGUACAAUACCCUUCCCCAUCAACGCCCUCUACUUCUAUAUAGUAAUGACGAAAUGGAAAAAUCAUCGAAUUAGAAAAAAAAUACGAUCGAUAAUAACAAUGACAAUUCACGUCGAUCAUUUUGCGCGUAUCUUUUGCUAUUUUAACUCUCCGAGGGUGUUUAUAAUGGAAUACAUCUCGUCAUGGAUUUACUUCAAAUUCUUCUAGACGCAUAAAGCAUCGAUUUAUAUUCGACGCAUGUUAAUAAAACCUAUGUACAUUGUACAUAUUAUAAGAAUGAGUAUUCGAUACGUACGAGAUAAUUUUGUUACGAUGGCUAUUAUUUAAUAAAUAAUUUUCCGAGUUCAAAUGACUUAAACACGUUUUUAAACUUAAACAUGUUUUUGUUCCUGUACGGAUUGAUAAUAGAUUCUCCGAUUAGGUUAUUCGCAAUGCGAACAAAAGCAUGAUACUCCGGAUUGGAUUCCUUAAAACCUCAAACGGAUAUCAAAAUAAUACAGUAUAUUAAACUCAUUUUAAACAACAUCUCGGACUAUAGAGUGUUGUUAUUGUUUCGAGAAGUAAAUUAAAAAAAAAAAUUAUUAUUAGCUAAUACCUAACGUUUUUUUUUGUUCUUAAUAGUUUAAUUGCAUUCGAACUGUGUAUUACGAUGUAUUUUUGUUAAUAUGUAAUUUUUGUAAAUUGGGUUCCAGCCCGUUAUCUUUUAAAUAAAUAAAUAACUCAUAUUUAUCAAUCCGAUUAAUUUUAGUAUGUAUAGGACUAGGGGAACCUAGAAGUAUCCACACAAUUCAAUAUUAAAGAGACUCCCUCGAAAUAAAUACUUUUAUUAUAUUCAAUAGUAAAUUUUUUCACAAAAUUAAAUACCUGCAGCUGAAUAUUUUUAAUUUUCUUUUACAUUUAAGCGUGCCUCUAUUUAUCAGGGCCUCUAUCCCAUAUGAGCCCUGGGCCCCUGCAACCCUAAAUCCAGUCCUGCAUGGUGGAGAAUAAAUUCUUAAAAUAUCGCCUUUGGACAACAAUAUCUUAUACUAAAAAAAAUCAUUUCGUAUUUCUUAAUUUUUAAUUUUAAAACGUUAUUGUACACAUUUUCGAUAUUUUGAUACUGAUAACAGUGAUCUAUCUAUCUAACUAUCCGCGGUAUAAUAAUAUAAAAUAAAAUGUGUAAAAAAAUUUAAGUAUUACCUAGUAUAUUUCGAGCAUUUUUAAAGCAUUCGCGAACAAUAACAUAUGUAAAACCAUACUUCAAUAUAGUACCCAAGUAAUAACCGUAUAUCUACAUAGUACCUAUGCAUACCCGUUAUAUUAACAGGUAGAGCGUAUAGCUGUCGUAAUAGUAAUUAUAAUGUAUUACUUUAUUACUUAGAUAGGUAUUCGAAGUGUAAAUUGGAAAUACUUUACUGCCAGUUAACCUAGUAAUAUAUAACCUGCAUAAUAUAACAUUGUGUUAAGCUACGGUCACACGAUUAUAGUCAAAACGUGAUAGUGGCUAUCGCGAAAAUAAGAUCGCUUUCGCAAUAAUUUACUAUCAACAUCAUUAUAAUAUGUGUCAAUGUCAUGAUAAGCAUACGUGAUAACGAAAGUGUAACUUCGAUCUAUUAUUAUUAUCUUAGAAUUAAAAUAGAGUAAAUACAUAGAUACUAUAUAAAGGCGAUUAAAAUUGAUUACAAAUUUUGCAACCGAAAGACUUAACGCUUAGUUUUCGCUAUCAUGAUAGUGAAAAACAAAAAGAAUCUUGUUCGCACCACGAUAGUAUUUCUAAUAGUUACUAUCAUUAUCGCGAUAGAACUAAAUCAAACAUAUAGGUGUAGUAGUAUGAUAGUAUUUAUUGUAAUAGCGUGAUAGUAUUGUUCACACGAUGAUUUUAUAGGAUAACUUUCAUAAUAGCAAACUAUCACUGCAGUAUUACGGUUAACUAUCAACGUGUGACCGCAGCUUUAGUUUAAAUUGGUUUCAAAUCAAAUGGACCGAAACGUUUUCAUUUUAACGUGAAAUAUUUCACAAAAUCGUAAUAAACACAAAUAUUAAAUUUACACCUUUUAUUAUUAUAAUAGACGGUAUUGCGGCCAUUUGUUUUAUUUAUUUGAACUGGUUUUUAUUUUUUCAAGACGAAAUUAUUCGUUCAUUUGAAAUAUAUUAUCAACACUUUUUUAUUCACUAAAUAUCCAAAUAAUAACUUUAAUAUACAAUCAGUUGUUAUGACUUUGCGUACAUAAUAUUUUGAUUUAUAGUUUGACUUUAACAUAUCCUAUAGUACAUUGUUCUCUUUAAUUUACCGACGGAUUAACCAGUAUAUUAGUUAAUUAAAUAACAUCAGUUGGUAUCAAUUAAACCGAAUAAUAAUAAUAAUGUAUGAAUUUACUUACUUUCAUGGUCAUUAGUUCUAUUUAUGUUAUUAUUUUUUUUUUUUGUAAAAACAACUUUUUAGGAUGCUUAUAAUAUACCUAUUGUUCAACAAACAUUAAUAUUUAUAAUGGGUUUUCUUAUCUUAGUUUACUAUAUGUGUACAUUUACCAUUAUUGAACGGCUCGUACUUUAUCACAUGUAUUCUUAAUGAUUAAUGGGUGUUUUUUCCCGUCUAGAUUUGAUUAUACCUUCAGGACGGAUACAACUAUAACGGGGUGCAUAUUAUAUUAGGUACACAAACAUUAACAAAAUACACAUUUCGCCAAAUUCGGUAGUGAAAUAUAAAUAAUUAAUUAUGUAUUAUCAUCAUUUUACACGUAGAUUUACUCGAACAAUAAAUAAAUUGAAAAUUCAACAAUUAAAAAAAUUAAAAAAAUAGGUACGUAAACCCUGGAAAUAAAAAUUUUCCGAAAAAAAACCGAACACAGUAAAUAUACAAAGUCAUAAAUAAUACUAUAUGGAGUUGCAAUUAUUAUUAUUUUUGCAUAAUAUUUGAAUUAUUGUUAUAAUAAUCGUUUAUUUAAUUAUAAAAAAUCUUUUUUUAUAACUGCAAUUUUUUUUUAAAAAUUCUGUUUCAAAUAGUUCUUCAACAAGAACAUUGAUAGUUAUUGAAAUUCUCAAAGAUUGACAAUAUAUUGAAUUUUUUUUCAUAAUAAAAUGUACACACAUCGAAAAUGCAGAGACUACUAUAGUAUUAUUCAAAUAUACUCUAUAUACCGUAGCACUCCUUAGAUACAUUAACUUGAAUCCUAUGGAGGAAAUGGUGAAAUUUCGAGUGUGUAUCAUACGCAAAGUGCAUUGAUAGUUUUUUUAUUGUUAUAAAUAUAAUUGUUAGAUUUCGAAUUUUUAUUUUAAUUUUGUUGAAACCUUCAGAAAUCACUUCUGUAUCUAUUAUUGUAUUGGUAGGAGGAUUGCAUCUUACAGUUUGGAUACCUAUCUAAUUUUACAUUACGACAAACCAACGCGAGCCUGUAUAUCUGAAAUUAACUUUCUAAACUGACUUAAAGAUUGCACUAAAAAACAAAAAAAAAACAAAACAAAACAAUAGUCUCAUUAAAAAUAUAUCCAUCAACGCUAAUGUAUGGCUAUCAUUACCGGUGAUUUCCUUUUAUUUUUUUAAUCGAUACAAAAAAUUAUUCACAUCUCCGUGCGCGUGUCGUUAUUAGGCGUUUUUCUAGCGGUUCGUCGUUUAUACGUUUCGACAAUCCAUGCAUUUAGUUCUCUUAUCAGAUAGCAAUAUUAAUAACCCGUUGACGGUUUUAUCUAAUUUAUUGAAAUACAGUAUUGCAGACUUAAAUCGUGUAUUCUAUGGAUGUAGUCGUAUGCGCAUACUGAAAUACACUAAUACACGUAUGCAUGUUCAGAAUUGGCUGAUGGAUCAAAACAAUGAAAAAUAUGGUAUCAGUUUCAGCGUUAUCACUCUAUAAGUCGUCAUAAACCAGCUGAUUCUGGGCAUGCACACUCGUGUCGUGUACCGUGAAAUUUUUAAGGCGGUCGGGAUAAUGUUGAACGCAAUUGUCCAGAAUACGAGCAAAUAAACGCAUUACUACGUCCAUUGUGUAUGAUCUAAGAAUGCUGAACAUAAAUCGUUAUAAUCAAUAAUCUCAUAGUUUUUAAGUAAUAACUUUUACGCGUCUUCAUCACUACAUCGAUGUGCUCAUCGGACUGAUAGAUAAAAACAUUGGUUUAAAUAUUGCUACGCCGUAUUACUGCGUAAUAAUAUGAUGCGUUAGACAAAGAAAUAUAAGGGAAUUCCCUGUCCGUUUCGAAUCCCUUUAAAAGUAAUGGGCUUGGAUAUAGAUAUGUAAGUGUAUGAUAUGUAAACACGACUAGAGUGAAAUGAACUCGAAAAGAAUAUUUGAAAAUUUACACAAAUAUUUAAUAAAAAAAAAAAAGAAAUAUGCGAAUAUUUAUAGAAGUGUACAAAAAAAAAAUAAUAUAUAUAUAUAUAUGUAUGUAUAUAUGACGACAUUUGAAAUAAGUGAAUAAUUUUUCAAAUUUUACCGGGCAUAUAAGAAAUGUGAUUAAAAAUUGUAAACAAUAGUUGCAUACGUCUAUAUUAACUAAUUUCUUCUCUUUCGCCUUCAUCUCAACUGAUAGUUAAUUCAAAAUAAUAAUAACAAAAAUCGACUAACUUCAAUUAUUAAUUUAUAUUUUACAUUUUUAAUGUUCAAAUAUUAUCAUUGAUACUGUAGCUCGAUAAAAAUUUUUAAAAAAAAAAAAAAAAAAUUAAAAUAAAUAAAUACAAUUUCGUGUACUAAUCUUACAUACGAAACAAAUUUAUAGCUGACGUAGUAAAAAUAAAGGAAACAUCCUAAUUGUAAUUUAUUAUCAUAACAAUAGGUGUGCAAUACGUAUACUAUUUGAUGAAAAUGCGGAAGUUAUUAGCACCAAGUGUUAUAUUAUCAUGUGCAAUAUGUAUAAAACUAUAAGAGCUUUAUACUAUAUAGGUAUACUGUAUUAUACUUUUCGACCCCGUAAUUUCGAAAUAUCGAAAUAACAAUAAAUUAUUGCCGGUUCGCAGUACGACUUUUAAUCGGCGUUCGAAAUUUUUCUUUAGGUUUUGUUUUUUCUUCGAAACUUAAACUACACAACUUUGUAUUAUAAUUGGGAUUUGGGACUUAUUACAUUUAAAAAGUAUUAAAAAAAAAAAAAAAAAAUACUUAAAAAUAUCAAUAAAGCAUUUCAUGCAAAUAUUAUUAGACCAAAGGGUAGAAAGAUUUAAAUGUACUCUGUCUAACGAAUCUAAAUAAUUAUUAAAUACAAUUUACUAACGCUACAUAAAUUAUUAACAAAAAGUUAUUUUGUUCAAAUAAAAUUGUAUGUACUAUAAAAAAAAUAACUUUGGUUUAAUAAUUUGUGUAGAGUGCUACAUUAAUAAAUUGUAUUUAAAAAGUUAAAGCCGUUAGAGGGGGAAAAUUCAAACCCUUCUACCGUUUUUGCUUUCUCGCAUAUUUUUCAAAGUUGUUUAACGUUUUUAAGCCGGUUUUUUUUUUUUUUUUUGUGGAUUUUAAGUGAAAUAAGUUCUGAAUCAUAAUUAUAACAAACAGCUAUUAUUAAUUUCGAAUCCUUGGAUCACGCGAUAUAAUAAUAUUACAGUAUACUUUUCGACACUGCGAAUAGAAUAAUUUUUUCGAUUGUUAAUAAGUUUAUUCGCGGUUUUAUAUACAGCCGACGUCGUCGUCGUCGUCAGGUUUUACAUCAUAAUACAUCACUGCCGUCUCGCACAGGGCCUUUGAAAACCUGCCGAAAUAUUUGGCUAUUCGAUCAGUUUUAUGUAUAAUAUUGAUAUUAUAGUAUCGUGCAGGUACCUAGUAGAUGCAAUAACACAUCGGUCCUUUUCGCGUCGUAAAUCGGAAAUACUUCACACUACGACACUCCCCGAUGUUUUUCGCCAGCCGUGCCUAUAGAUAUACUUGUACACAAUAUUAUAAAUUUAUAAUAUAGAAAAAAAUAAAAAAAAAUAGGGAUAGUAAGAAAACUGAAGAUCGAUCACUUAUAUUAAAAUGCGGUCGACCGGGACCGCGAUAAUAAUGCGGGCCACGGUUCAAUCGCGCCGUACAAAAAUAAAUAACGUUUCGAAAAUAUAAUAUUAUAUACGUUAUGAUGUAUAGACGACGCGUGUCGAUUCCUUUUCGAAAAAAAUCUAGCGGUCGUCUUUACAUAACACGGUCGGUGUGUGUAGGUACACCUAUAUCAUAUUAUUAAUAUUGUUAUUAUUUUUUUUUUUAACGCAAUAAUCAUUUACGUCAAUCACGAAUUAAUAAUAAUGAUUAUUAUGAUAAAAGUAAAACGCAUAUUACAAAUUAAUUAUAAUAUUAUGUAACGAUUAGAUCAGAUAUGACCUAAAAAUUAAAAAAAAAAAAAAUGUAUUCCCUAAAAAUGACCGAAGGAAGCGUUCUUUAAAUACGCUCUAAAACAACCAAAAUAAAAUUGAUAUUCGAGAAUUGAUUUAUAUUUUUAAUUAAAUCCUAAGAAAAAUGUCUUAUAUUUUUCAAAAUAUUAUAAUUUGAAAUACGCUUUUUAUUGAUAUUUUUUCUUAAACACAUACAAUGCGGUUCAGUUUGCCUACUGAUAAUUACAAAUAUUGAACAUUAAUUUUGUAAUUUUUGAGUCAUUCGAGUUUUGUUGAAUGAAAACUAAUAAACAAUGUACGAAAACCAGAAAAAUUCCAUUUAAAAAAGGUAUUAUUAAAUCGAUAGGUUAUGAAAUACAUUUUAGUAUAAACUUUUGACCAACCAAUGAAUAUGCAAUAGCCAUGUAAAAUCCAUUCCCUUUCUCUUAAAAAGUUUCAUUGGCGAGAGUAUUUUUUAUGUUUUAACAAAAUCUACUUAUUCAAUAAUUUAGCAUUUAUUUUUUUAUAGUGAACACACAAUAAGUAUAAUUUCACUCUACUGGAUGUCAAAUGGAUUUUACUGUCUAUUUAGACGAGGAAAACUUCCUUAAAAAAGAUGACCUGAAUGAUAUUUUUUAAAUGUAUGCUUGUUCUAAAAUUUAAAUAUAAUAAAUGAAAAUCAAGUAUAGCGGAAAAUCUGUUGCACUGUUUUUAAUAUGGGGAAGCUGACAAAAGAGGUUUAAUAGGGGACUAAAGGAAAUGGUGUAGGUACAUGAGACCAGUAACUACUUUCGUCAAAGGUCAGAGGAACCCAAGUGAUAUUCUAAGUAAAAAUAAAAAUGAUAUAUUAUUAUUUUCGAAUGGAAACCUCAUGGUAAUCGACCGAGGGUCAGAUCAAGGAAGAGGUGGAUCGAUGGAGUUGCAAAAUCCGAGGGCAAUGGACAUAGAGAAUUGGAAUGAAAUUGUACACUACUGAGAUGGGUAGCAACGUGGAUUGAUGGUAUUGUGGUGACGGCUAAAACUCUUAAAGAGCAGAUUUUCCAAGGGAAGGAUUAGAAAUCAAAUAGCUGUCACAGCUGUUAUUUUUGUAAGAGUUUACGUAGCUAUACCUACAUGCUAUUUAGUUUGAGAUAGUAUUUUAUAGUUUAAGGGGCGAUCUCUCGGAGUUUAACGCCUACGAAAAUCACGACUAUACAUGUUAUCAUUAUUAUUAUUACUAUUACACCCGGUGUUGAUAAUAAGCUUUAUUUGGUUUUUUUUUUUUUUAAUUGUAUUGUUUCAGCAAAGAGGACAAGAAAUACGAUUGCUGUCAAUGGCAAUGGACAACGCCAGCUUCGCCGCCCAGGUCGACUUCUCGCACAUCCGGUAAACAUUAAAAUAGCAACUGCGGCUGCGGCGGCGUAGGUUUUAUAUUAUUACUAUUAUACCACCGAAGUAGUUAAGGUGAAACAUUAUUAUUAUUACUAUUAUAGUACCUACAGCCGCGCAGUAUUUUUAUUUUUUAUUUUUUUUUUUUUUGGAUUUUUAUCCCGAGGAACAGUUAUGGUUUUUUUUCUUUUGUUUUUAUUAUACCCACCUAUAUACAUACAUAGGUAUAAUAAUAAUAUACCAUUACUAAUUUAUCAUACUAUAAUAUUAUUAAACAAUUUUACUAUAAUACUAUACAAACCAAACAAUUGAAUCUUAAUUCAUGUUGGAUUUCUACUAAAAUAUUAUUAUAUCGUAGCGUUUAAGCAUAUAAUUUUUAAGAAGAUAAUAAUAUAUAAUAUAUAAUCACAAUAUUAUAAUAUAAGACGUACCUAGACGUUUUAGUGUAGUUUUUAGUCAUUUUUUUUUUUUUAUAUAUAGUAUUUUGGGCGUUUGUCAGUAAACAUAAUAAUAAUAAGUCAAAAUAUUUAUAGGUUAGCGUAAUAUUAUUGUUUACUCGCGGUGUGUAAGCGUCCUGGCUGCCGUCAGAAUCAAUUGACCUUCACCUCGCUUUGUAAUUUUUAUGGCUCAGAUACGAUUUUCGUACCGCCCGUCGUAUUAUAAUAAUACAAUAUGUGUACGGACUUCCUAAAUUUUCCGGCAUUGCGGUUUUCCGGCGUUUAUCCGAUUCUUUACAAUGAAGUAAUCACAGCGGAGGGACCGUUGCGAAUGCUCCGCGUUACCCGAACAUUAACCCCGUGCCCUCGAUGAUUAUAAUUUACGUACUGCGGAUACGAACAAAUCGCGAAUCGUGUAUUUUGACGAGUGUUGUUUAUGGGCGACGAUGGGCGUUUCACGCGAUUUUCGAACCGAGUACCACCGACAUUUAAAAACAGAUAUAACAAUUAUUAAGACUUGUGCACAUCAUUUUAAAGACAAACUGAACGGCAUUAGUAAAAACUAACCGAUAGUUACGUACGCAAUUGAUCCGGGCCGAAAACGGUCUUUGCAAAUUCAAUGCGCAAUAAUUGUGAAUUAUCGAGAAUUUUUAGGUACUAUAUUAUUAGUCGGCCACGGAGAACUGAUAGUACUCUUGAAAGUGGUCGGUUUUGGUUAACUACAGAGAAGCGGUUAGUAAAAAAAGAUUUUACCAAAAAAAAAAAAAAACCACGAAAAAUAAUACAAAACGUAUUAACAUAUUAUACCCAUAAACAAAACGAAUAAAUCCCGAAAAUCCACAACAGAAUACCUCCCCUAAUUUAUAAUAAUAUUAUUAUUAUUUUUUUUUUUUUUACAUAGAAUAUAAUAAUAAACGCUUUUUACGUCGAACGUUCGAUCGUUUUACAUUUUUAUUUAUCGUUUGUUUUCCUAUAUUAUUUAUUUUACACGUAAGAUUUUAUUAUUUUGUUAUAUUAUUAAAUUAUAUACCUAUACUUUCCUGUGCGUGCUAUAUUAUAUUAUAAUAUUUAAUGAUUAUGCGCUUGUUUUUUUUGUUUUUUUUUUGUGUUCUAUGUCAAUUAUAAUUUAGUUACAUCUAUAACUAUAUAGUUAUUAUAUUGGAUUUAAUAUUUUAUACCGUUCGGUUAAAAUAAUUCACGUUGAGUGUUUCGUAUUAAAUAAUAAAUGUAUACCCUUUUAGGUUAGGUACCUAUAGGUACCUAUGAGUACCUAAAGGUUUAUAAACUAUUUAUCAUAACCCAUAUUAUAUAAUGUAGAAAAUAAAUCAAAAUGUAGUGCGGUUGAUUUUCAUUACUAGUCAGUUAUUAUUAUUAACUUAAUACCUAAUUAAAAAAUUAACUAAGAUACAACAUUAUGUAAUCUACUAUAAUCUAUUAUAAUAUGUAUUUAUGUAUUCAACUAUAUUAUAUAAAUGUGCGAUUUUGAAGUCUCAGUGUAUUAAUACCUAAUAGUACUAUAUAAUAUUUAUAUACGUUUAGUCAUUACUAUUAUAUAUGUAGUUUAGUAAAUAUAAUAUCUAUUAUUAAUUUUAAAAAAAAAUAAAUGUUAAUCGGCUUUUUAAACCGAAAAAUAAUUCUUAGUAUAUAAUAUUAAUAUUAUUAUAGCUGUUCCUCCAGUUAUACACAAAAAAAAAAAAAAACAAAAAAAACAAAAAAACCAAAAAAAUCAUCCCUUUACCUAUUUAUUAUGGCGAAAUGUACGCAUUUAUGAUUUACUUUAUUAUUAUUAUUUUUAUUAUUAUUAUUAUUUAAUUUUAAUUAUAAUUUUAGUUUAAUUCAAAAGAAAUUAAACAAUUUUCAAGUCUGAUUAUGUUUUAAUUAAAUUUUGUUUUAUUAUUUAUUUUUUCCUAAUUUAAUUUAUUUUAAAGUGUAUUGUAAUCCAAUACUUUUAAGCAUAUUUAUUUAUUUUGUAA